UUCAAUUCCUCGUUUAUUUCACCGGGGUGAUGGACUCCCGACACCGCUCUCGUGGCCGGUCUACUCGACAAUGAUGCUGGCUUAUGCGUACGCUGGUCAGCGGGCACCCUCCCUGUGCUCAUCUAGACACAGUUUCUUCGGGCUUUUGCUUUUUUACUGGGAGUUGUGGGGGCGGACAAGCGGGACGGACGCCUUACGACCGCACGGUCUCUCACGGAGGGUUUCCCGGAGGUUAGCUCGUAGCGGAAGCUUUUGGUGGAAAACCAAUCUGGGACCAAUUUUCGGAGUCGGGGGCGGAAAGGGGGGCGGGAGAGCGACAGUCGUUGCGGUGCGAGAUCGUUGGCGCUUGGUGGAUCGCCACGCCAACAGCCACCACAACCGCGCACCUCGUGUCAUCGCAACGAGCGGAUUAUCGGCGCUGUCGACCUUUGUUCAUCACUUGCGCAAGAGACUGGGGCCUGCGCCCUCACCGCACAUCAUCCACCCAUCGGCUGCAUGUUCAGAGGCCGGAAUGACGGACGUGGUCAGGAGACUGCGUCCGUCGUUUAUCCCUUCAUGCGAGACAGCGUCUUGGCCAGCGCAUGAUCACUGACGGGCAACUCUCCUCGCUCGUGUCCUGUUAAACGCGACGUG